CCGCCGAGUACGCAUGCGCGGCUCCUGUCAGUUGACACCACUUGCCGCGAAUACCGGGACAUAAAAAAGAUUUCUGUACAUACAAAGUUUUUAUCGAAAUUAUAAAUUACGAUAUAAUAUUAAAUUAAAGUUUAUUAUAUAUUUAUUAAUUUAAUUGCGUUUAGAUUUUGUGUGUGUGAAGAAUUUCAAGAUGAAAUAUAAGGUCAGAGAUGCAGACAGCGACAGUCAGCGACCCUCAGACAUGGGACUUGAGGAGAAAUUAGAACGUACGAUCCGAUGCUCGUCGGUCCUCAUCAUAUCGCUGGCGGGGUGCCUCGUGCUCCUGGGGGUGUACACGGCCGUGCUACUCAUCACAGAACACACCAACCCGCCGCCCUGCCUCACAGAAGCUUGCGUUACCACUUCUUCCAGGGUGCUCUCAGCUUUGAAUAAAGACAUUUCACCUUGCACGGACUUCUACGAGUUUGCGUGUGGAGGCUGGAUCAAGAAGAACCCUGUGCCAGAAUGGGCCACUUCAUGGGACCAGCUCGCAAAACUCAGGGAACAGCUGACGGUGGACCUGAGGGACCUUCUAGAAGCUGGCGAUGAACCCAAUUCUCCUAAGAGUGUGCUGAAAGCUAAGGCUCUAUAUAGGACCUGCGUUGACACAGAAAAAAUGGAAGUGGGAGGCAUCAAGCCCAUUGAGAACCUCCUGCAGAGCCUGGGCCUGCCGACGCGGCCGCCCAGCGAGGCCAGUGCCAACUUGACGUGGGAGGAGGUGGCAGGACGCGCGCGACGCCGCCUGGGACUCAACGUGCUGGUCAGCGUGCAGGUGGCCGAGGACGUGCGGAACACCAGCAGGAACAGAGUCGUGCUGGAGCAAGUGACCCCGGGCUUCAGCGAGCGCUACUUGCUGCAGCCUGAGCAGUUCGCGCAGGAGAUCUCGCAGUACCGGACCUACAUCCGAGAGAUGAUCACAGUGAUGGACCCGCUCACUAACGCCAGCGUCUUCGCUGAUGAUAUCAUCGACUUCAGCAAAGCCCUCGCCAAGAUAAUGACACCAAUGGAGGUCCGUCGCAGUGGCACGCACCUGUUCCACGACGUCAGCGUCUCUCAGUUCGUGAACGGCUCCUCUACCGCUCCGGCUGAGUGGCAGCAGCACGACUGGCGGGGCUACCUGGAGCUGGUCUUCAGCAACACGUCCGUGGAGCUGUCUCCGCACGAGGACCGCCUCAUUGUAAUGGACCUGCCCUAUCUACAGAAACUCGCCACACUACUAUCAGAAACCAAACCAGUUCUCAUCGAACGGUACAUGUGGUGGAGCGUGUUCUCGACGGUGUCACCCAUGACCCUGCAGCGGUUCCGCGACCUCGGCUUCGAGUUCAGCCGCAACGUGUUCGGUCUGCGGCAGCGCGCUCCUCGCUGGAAGUCCUGCACUGCCAAUAUCAACGCCAACUUCGGUCUGGCGCUCUCCUAUCUCUACGUCAACAGGCACUUCGACAACACCUCCAGACUUAAGGCCAUAGAGAUGGUGGAGGACGUGCGCGAGGCUUUCGCGGCCACGGUGCGAGACCUGGACUGGAUGGAUGGCUCCACCCGUGAGCGCACACUACGCAAGCUGCGCGCCAUACGGAACUUCGUGGGCUUCCCGGCCUGGCUGCUCUCUCCAGACAAACUCGACAAACAUUACGACCAUGCUGAAGUGGUCGAAGGGAACCUUUUUGAAAGUUUCCUGAAGCUGACGAACACCGCUGUUAAAAAAUCUUUCGAAUCUUUGCGAGAAAAGCCGGACAGAAAUAGAUGGGUGGCAACCGCGACUACUGUCAACGCCUUCUACUCGGCAACUCUCAACUCAGUCACGUUCCCUGCUGGAAUAUUGCAGCCGCCAUUCUACGGAAACGGUGUUGAAGCACUAAACUAUGGUUCAAUCGGCGCCAUCAUGGGUCACGAGGUAACGCACGGAUUUGACGAUCAAGGUCGUCGCUACGAUGAGGAGGGUAACCUGAGUCAGUGGUGGUCGGCGGCCACGCUGGAGCACUACCACAGCAAGGUGCAGUGCAUCAUCCAGCAGUACAGCCAGUACCACCUGCCGCAGCUGCCCAACUACACGGUGCACGGGUUCAACACGCAGGGCGAGAACAUUGCGGACAACGGCGGGCUGCGGGCCGCGCUGCACGCGUACUCGCUGCACGCGGCGCGCCGGGCCCCCGCCCGCCGCCUGCCCGCUCUGCCCUACACCGACACGCAGCUGUUCUUCCUGGGAUUCGCGCAGAUCUGGUGCGGCAACUCAACGGUGGGCGCGCUAAAGUCCAAGAUGGUGGAAGGAGUCCAUAGCCCCAACAAGAUCCGCGUGAUCGGCACUCUCAGCAACUUCAAGGAGUUCGCGGAUGCCUGGCAGUGUCCGAGCGGGUCGCCCAUGAACCCCGAGCACAAGUGCGUGCUGUGGUGAGCGGCCGGUCUUCAAUAAUUACCCGCCACAAACAUCUGUAUAGUUAUGGUCUGGUUACCAAACGUAAAUCGGUUACAUGUUGCGGUAGAAUUAUCUCUUGAUACAACGAUUGCCACUCGAAGUGUAUCGCUAUAUAGUUCUAAGAGUAGUCAUGCCUGGAGAGCAGUCGUUACUAAAUUCAAUGUUAACUGCUUCUGCAAAAUUAGGGAAUUUUGCAUAUAACACUUACUGUCUCCAGCUCCACCAAAUGAUAAGAAUCAGCAAAAUAUCUGGUCACAUAUCACUGGUUGUGACCCCAAGCCCUGUAAAUGUCGACUUCGGCAUCUAAAAAGUUACUCGCUGGCCAUUUGUUUUAAGCCUUAAGUUUAAUAAUAUAAAUGUAUGUUAACUUAGUUACCAGUUUAGUUACCCGUAUAAAGUUAAGUAUUGACUGUUAGAAUAAAAAAUGUUAUAAUAUAACAAGAUGGGUGAUUUGUUUACCUAGUUUUGGUGUGCAUGUACAUAUUAUAUUUACCAGUAACUUUAUAAGUUGAUCAUGGAUAUUAUGCAUUAAGUAUCCAAGAAUGCUCAUUAAAAUGAGCUACUCUGAUGAAAUAGGGUAUAUGCAUAUUAUUUAAAGAAAAUAAUCGCCUCUGACGCUACAUGAACAUAGUCCUAAUAUAAUGGAUCAUAGAAAUAACGCGCUUGGCGUGUUGUCCGCACUACCGUUAAGACAUAUACGAAUAGCCU